GAGAGAACGGAAGGAGCGGGAGAUCGGUGGAGAGAGAGAGCUCGCGAAAAUUGAAUACAUGUAGGAUAUAUAUUUUAGGUGUAUUUUCCCCGGAGAAGCCGCAAAAAGGAUACAUCGAGGGGAAUGAUGUGAAGAGAAUGGAGGGCCAAAAGGAGAGAGGGGGGACAGGCGCGUGAAAAACACAAUGUGGCUGCUGUUUCAAACAUCUCUGCUUCCUGCCUUCAUCAGUGAAAUAAAUUACGAGAUAAUGAGAAAGAGGCUUCCAUCGAGGACCUGCUAUUUCUGACAGUGAAUGUUGUGGCGGUGUUGAGCCACAAUGAAGGCUUUCUUUGUACCCUCACGUUUGGCUUCCUCGUUUAUUGCCAUGGUCACAGUACCCACACUCUCUCUGCUAUUGGCCCUGGUAGAAUGGGCGGGUCAGAGUAGCUCCUCCCCUCAUCUCUUGCUCCGGCCCCGAGAGCGUGAACGGGACCCGGUGGCAUCAAUGCACUUCAACAUCGCAGUGAUCCAUGUGGGCUCAACGGUUCAACAAGGGGAAGCAGGGGCUACAGCAGCUGCGGGUAGGGUGCCAUACCCGGGCUUCGGACGUGUGCACAGCAGCUUUGGUGAGAGCGUCGUCACCCAGUGGGGAUCCGCAAACGUAAUCUGGCUCCAGGUGAAUGACAGCAGCCCCAGGACGCUGCUCUCUCAGCUGUGUGACUUGCUGGCAGCCAGGCCCCUUCAGGGACUUGUGUAUGAAGAUGAGAGACCCCUCCCGCUGGCCUCUGGCCCCCUGGCCCCCAUGCUGGAGUUUGUUUCGGCACAGACCGGCCUCCCCAUCGUUGCUGUGGGAGGGGGAGCAGGUCUGGGCAGGGUACCACAGGAGACCGGCUCAAUCUUCCUGCAGUUCAGCUCUUCCACCGCACUCCAAUUGGAGGUGAUCUUUGAGGUGCUGGAGGAGUACGAUUGGACGGCCUUCUCGGUGGUGUCCACACGUCACCAUGGCUACCAGGACUUCCUGUCAGUAGUGGAAGGUUUGACCGACGGGUCAUUCAUCGGCUGGGAGAAGCAGAGCGUAGUGAUGUUGAAUUUAACUGAUGACCCAGGAGGAGCACGCGCACGACGGCUACUGAAAGAGAAUGAAGCACAGGUGCGGUUGUUGUACUGCUCUCAAGAGGAAGCAGAACAGGUGUUCCAUGCUGCUUGGGCAGCUGGUCAGGCCAGCGCCUCUCACAUAUGGUUCGCAGUGGGUCCGGCUCUGUCCGAGCUGGGCCUGACCGGACUUCCCACUCGACUGUUUGCAGUCAGACCGCAGGGCUGGAGGGACGAACCCCGCAGACGUAUCGCCCGUGGGGUGUCCAUCCUUACCCAUGGAGCUGUCGCAUUGCGUAAAGACUAUGGAGCCACUGGAGGGCCGCACUUUGUCACUAACUGCCAGACAGAUGGCAACAGAACACAGAGGAUUCGCGGUAGAAUGAAGUAUUUCAGUAACAUCACACUCGGUGGGCGGGACUAUAAGUUCAAUUCCGAGGGCUACCUGGCCAAUCCCUUUCUGGAUGUCAUCUCCUACACGCCUGGGAGUGGCUGGGAAGACGUAGGAUGGUGGGAGAACGGGGUGAUACGUUUGAGGUAUCCUGCUUGGUCUCGAUAUAGCCCCUUCCUGCAGCCGCCCGAUGAUGCUCAGCACCUGAGGGUCGUGACCCUGGAGGAGCGACCCUUCGUUAUCGUGGAGCUUGCAGACCAUGCCUCUGGAACCUGCAUUAGGGACUCUGUGCCAUGCAGACGGCCUCUCAAUGCCAGUGCACUUCAGGAAGGGGUGGCACCCAUGAAACAGUGCUGCAAAGGAUUCUGCAUCGACAUCCUUAAGCGAUUGGCCAGAAUUGUCGGCUUCACCUAUGACCUCUACUUGGUGACCAAUGGGAAACAUGGAAAAAAGAUUGAUGGAGUUUGGAACGGGAUGGUGGGAGAGGUUGUGUACAAGCGUGCAGACAUGGCGAUCGGCUCUCUCACUAUCAACGAGGAGAGGUCAGAGGUCGUGGACUUCUCUGUGCCCUUUGUGGAGACUGGCAUCAGCGUCAUGGUCUCUCGCAGUAAUGGAACUGUGUCUCCCUCUGCAUUUCUUGAGCCGUACAGCCCUGCUGUGUGGGUGAUGAUGUUUGUAAUGUGCCUGACCGUGGUGGCAGUGACGGUUUUCAUCUUUGAGUUCUUCAGUCCAGUGGGGUACAACCGUAGCCUUCAGAGUGGCAAGAAGGCCGGAGGUUCUAAGUUCACAAUAGGGAAGUCAAUCUGGCUUCUUUGGGCUCUGGUCUUUAAUAACUCCGUUCCAGUGGAGAACCCCAAAGGAACCACUAGCAAGAUCAUGGUUCUUGUCUGGGCUUUCUUUGCUGUCAUCUUCCUGGCUAGCUACACUGCCAACCUGGCUGCCUUCAUGAUCCAAGAGGAAUACAUUGACACUGUGUCCGGCCUCAGCGAUAAAAAGUUUCUGUCUCUUAAACUGGAUGCCUUAAUCUAUGAUGCGGCUGUAUUAAACUACAUGGCUCGUAAAGAUGAAGGCUGUAAAGUAAUGACCAUCGGCUCAGGGAAAGUGUUCGCCACGACUGGUUACGGCAUCGCCCUGAUCAAGAACUCCCGCUGGAAACGGCCAUUGGACCUGGCCUUACUGCAGCUGGUGGGCGACGAUGAGAUUGAGAUGCUAGAGCGUCUCUGGCUCUCAGGGAUCUGUCAUAAUGAUAAAAUUGAGGUGAUGAGCUCCAAACUAGACAUAGACAACAUGGCUGGUGUGUUCUACAUGCUGCUGGUGGCCAUGGGCCUAAGUCUGCUUGUCUUCGCCUGGGAACACCUGGUAUACUGGAGGCUGCGGCACUGCAUGAGCAAAAUGGGCCAGUCAGGCAAACUGGACUUCCUACUCGCCUUCAGCAGGGGAAUGUAUAGCUGCUGCAGUUUUGAAGAUGAAACUGCACAAGGUGGGGCUAAAGUCACAGUUCCUGGCCACCAUCACACUGCCAUGGUCCCUGCUUCUUCAUCACAUGUGGUCACUUCAGCUGUAUCCACUCCAGCCAUUGCCAUGGUGCAGCAACAGCAGCAGCAGCUGCAACCACAACAGCCUCAACCUCCUCAGUCUUACAAAACACCUCUUCCUGGAUCCCCUCCCACAAUUGUUCAUUCUGGAGCAGCCUUGGGUCCCACAAAUACUCAACUUGUAGGAGCUCCACUACCAUGCACUACUUUCUUACCCCGGCCAGAUCGCAGGUUGGCGGUUGUGGACCGCUGGAGACUACCCAAAACCGCUAAUGCCACAGCCUCCAUGGGUGUGAGAGGAGCCCUAGCAGAAACAGGACCCCUACCCCAAAAGGGGGCACCUACCUGGGCAAGUGGUGGAGGCACAGGUAGUGGUCUAGAUGGAUAUAAGCGCUACUAUGGACCUAUUGAUCCAGAGGGACUUGGGCCAUGUGUGGACCAACAGACAGGCUCUCAAACUCCAAAAACAGUCCCCAGAGCCCACCAACAACCCCCACCAACUAGUGUGGCUUUCUACCAGGAGAAGGGCAUGGACCAUGGCAUGGGGAAGAAGGUGGGAGCGGGUACUGGUGGAGGGGGUCAGGGUAGAGGGGUUAAAUCUCUGGGGACUCCCAGGCUUCCUCCUAAAAGCCAGGCCCCAGCCUCACUGACACCUAACCCCCCACUGCAGCACCCCUCUCCCCCUCUCCCUUCAUCCUUCUGGAGGAAACGGCGACCAAAAAAGCCCAAAGAACCUGGUGGCCCAUUAUACGAGAACAUCCUGCCACUAGGCCGGAGAGGUGGAGGCAGGGAAGCGAGUCGAAGACUAAGACCCUCUCCUCCUCUACCCAUCCCUGUGCCAGUCACACUUUCCCCAAGCUACACUCCUCCAUCCCCCUCUCCCUCAUUCCCCUACACCUCCACAUCAUCAUCCUCAUCCACCACCAGCUCCUCAACCACAUCUUCAGCCACAUCCUCACGCUCCACUUCUCCUUCAUCCACUUCCACAGCUUCAUCUCGCAGCACCCGAGACAGAGAGGCUGAGGAAGAGGAUGAGGAGGAUUUGGAUGAGCUGACCGAAGAGUCUAGUCUUCUGCAGGGCAACAACAGAACCAGGGACCGAGAGCGGUCCAUACUUUCCCCUAGAUCUCUCACUCAUGGACCUCCCCCUCCUAUACCCCCGCGCAAACCGUGGGGCACCUUUGUAGACAGGGAGCAUAAGAAGGACAGAGAGAGAGAAAGGGGUGGCAGUCAACUAGCACAGCUCCAGGAAUGGUGGGCAGGAUGGGCAGAGAGAGAGAGGGACAGGGAGAGAAGUGGUGGAGCCCAGGGAGAUACAGAAAGGAAAAGAGAGAAGAAACGUAGGAAAGAGAGGGAAAAGGAGAAAAAGAAAAAGAAGAAGAAAAACAAAAAACGAAAAAAGAGGGAGGAGCGUGAAAGAGAAAGAGAAAGAGAGAGGAAGCGUCGCAAGGUGAAAAAGAAGAAAAAGAAGGCAAUGAAAACAGAAAAGAAGAAGAAGGUGUCAUCCGGCAAGCGGUCGGAGCCAGAGGAGGGUGAUGUUGAGGCAGAGAGAGAUGGAGAGGGGGAUGGGGAUAGAGAAGGAGAGUACUCAUCAUUUUCCACUCAAUAUCGCAGUACUUUUGUCGACAAAGGCAGCCUUUCAGCUUGGGAGAGAGAGAGAGAAAGAGGGAGGAGAGAUGGAGGUGAGGACGAUGGGGACGAACAUGAGGAUGAGAGUGGGGGAGGUAGAGGUAGACAGAGAAGACCCAAGAGCUCCCAUUCACGACACCGGCCAUCCAGUAAACGCUAUCCCAACCUCAACAAACUCCCCUCUUCAGUUAAAUUCUGGGUCAGUGGAGGUGAAGCAGUUGGCACGGAGGCCUCCGGACCCUCCCCUCCCUCCUCUUUACAUACACUCCUCUCCUCAUCCAAGAGACGGAGGAGUAGUGGGGUAGAGAGAGAGGAAGAAGGGAGAGUAGGAGAACGCAGGCCACUGCUUCUCCACAAUGAAAGGGGGCGAGUUAACCCAAGAGAAGGCCUGUCCUUCCAUGAGUGGGACUCUGAGGAUGAGGAGAAAGAAGAGGAGAGAGAACGAGAAAGGGAGAGAAUAGAGGAGAGAGUGCGGCAGGCAGGGAGAGGGGCAGUAUCAGAGUCUGAGCGGGAUAGAAUAAGAGCAGAGGAAAGCUUUUCUGAUGAGGGGUCCUCAGGAGAGUUUGGCUGUUUUGAGAGAUACUGGGAAGGAACUGGAGCGGGUGGAGCUAGUGGAAUUGGGGGUGGGGGCUGGUUUUUUGGAACAUACCCUGCUCGAGAAAAAGGUGGAAGUGUCAACAGUAGAGAUGACUCUAUUUUGGGUCGGGCUGAAGGAUGGGGUAUGGCAGGUGAUUUUUGGGGUUCGGGUCCAGGAAUUGGAUGGGGAUCUGGAGGAGGCAGUGGAGGGCUGGCUUCACAGUGGCCACCCCCUCCCACUUCUCUGCCACCCCCACGACGCUAUUGGUCUGUCGACAAACUACAGAUGAAGGGUGAGAAGCGAAGUCGCAGUGGGUCAAAGAGCAAAGGUCAGAGGUCUCGGGAUAGAAUGCAAGACCCAGCAUCAUGUACUUGUACACAGUAUGGGCACGGUAGGCCCCAUGUACACCACAAACACAGCAGCACUCAAUCUCACAGCCAGGACGAUCUGCUUCCCCACUGCCACAGCUUCAGUGGAAGCUCUCGGCUCAAACCACCCCCUAAACCUGACAAAUCCAAAUCCGGAAGUCAGUCCAACCUAAACUCCCAGCAAUCCCAGCUCUCAGAACACAUACCCCAGCCAUCACCCUCCCCACCUCAGCCACUCUUGCCCUCAUUACCUGUACCUUCUGCUCCCAACUCCCUACCCAUGCCCAUUCCUCCACCUACAUCCUCUGCAUCCAUGUCCCCUCCACCUGUGCUCUCUCCUGGGGCUGCUUCCGGCUCCUCCCAGGCAGCCACCGCCAGUGCUAAACUUCAGUACCAGAGACUUCGGUCUGUGCCCCAGCCAAGGCGAUUCUACUCCCCACACCUGCCACUCAAAGCCAAGAGCUUGUGCUCACGCCGUGGUUCUGCCCAUUUCUCCAGCCUAGAGAGUGAGGUAUGACACGGGGCUUCGUUGCUGCGCGUGUGUGUAAGCUCUACUGUGAAGCGCAGCUGGAGUGUGAUGCACAUACAUGCGCCGCACCAAGAUGAGGAAAAUGUCCACGACAGUGACCAGGGCAGCAAAGAAACAACAGUCAAAGCAGGGAAUGGCUCAGCAAAUUCCGCCACGGUCACAAUGGAUACUCCAGCCGUGCUCCAUCUUCGGUCUGAGCUGAGUAUUAUGAUGUCCUCUGUGCUCCUCUCCUCCAAUGAGAACAGUGGAUAGCAAAUGUCUGGGAUUUUUCUGUAAGUAAUGAUGUCAUGUUUACACAUAAACACUCCCUCAAA